UGUAUUACACUCUUCGAUGUACAGCGGAGAAGGACUGUGAUCCUGAACUAUGUUUGCUACUCCCAACGCCAGGUCACGACAAACGUCUCGUAUCUUGCUCCAUCGAAAAUAAGAAAGAAUUGCACAUCUCAUCUGUAAAGCACGGAAAACUACUUUCUCAUGCUGUACUCGAGAAUCAAGGCAUUGAGUACGUCGUCCUGCUUGGUUGGCACAUUCACGAAGGUCUCAUAGUUCGCUUUGGAUCACAGCAUUGUGCCCGUCUGAGUCAGAUCACUGUAGAUCUGCGAAUUUGCUUGUCCGUUUUGGCAGGUGGUGGUGGAAAAAUGGUCUAAAACGACGCAGUGGAUGUGAAUCAGAGGUGUUACAUGAUCAUUGACUGUGGCAUUGGUUUGAAUGUUUUGAAGAAGGAGAGUUUGCAGAUGGUUGACAAGUCUCGAGUGGGCGGAUCAUCGAUUUUCUGGAGAAAGUGAGUAGGUUGUGAAAUUGUGAAGGAACAUGGAUCAGUAUCCGGAGGAGCUUCGCACACCUCCAAUGCCCUUAGUGGCAUUGGUUGGUAUGCCUGAAUUACACUCAGCAAUCUCCAUGUCUCUUCAUACCGAGCAGCUACCGCUGAAUACGCUUGCCAUUCCGGAUAUAGCCAAGAUUUCGAUUAUCGGAGGGAAAGAGAGGAAGGCAGUCGAUGCAAGGAUGCCUCCACCUGUUGGCAUUUUAAAGGCAGACUGGCUUGCCAAGCACCGCACGAGGUCUCCGGCUGUACUGGCUGUGCUCUUGAGCUGCGAUCAGGUUUAUGGAGACCCCGCACAGUGGCUUCAAGUUUGCUCUAACAUUGACAUCAUAAAGGGUGUGAUCCGUGGAAGGAACAUAAAGCUUGUCAUAGCUGUUGUCCAGCCGUCACUCAACGGUGAAAUGAAUGAAGACAGGCUGACAGCACUCAGGAAGCGUGCAGAAAUAGACCCAAAGAACUGUCUGAUUUUUAUAACCCAUGAUCCAGGCGAGCUGAAACGUUCUCUUUUAAGGCUCGGGAGCAUCAUGGGUGAAUUAGCCAGUAUGUAUUACAGGGAUGAAGGUCGCAGGGUUAAGCUUCGAAUUGAGAAGAAGACAUAUAGCUCCGUAGAGUUGAGUGUCCGAUAUAACUUUAAGGUUGCAGUGUAUGCGGAGUUUCGGCGGGACUGGGUGACAGCUCUCAAAUUUUAUGAAACAUCUUACUCUCUCCUGCAGGAGGUUAUCACGGCGCAUAUGGAGCUACAACCAGUGCAAAGAAUAGUUGAGCUCAAAGCUGUGGCAGAACAACUCCAUUUCAAAAUCUCAACGUUGCUUCUCCAUAGCGGCAAGGAGAGUGAAGCUGUGAAAUGGUUCAGGCAGCAUAUUGCCUGGUAUAAGCGACUGGUUGGGCCUCCUGAAGGUGCCUUUUUGCACUGGGCCUGGGUCUGCAAGCAGUUUCAAGUUUUCGCCGAGCUACUUGAUAACAGUCUGGCUACUGCAUCUCCUGUAGCAGCAACACCUCCUUCACCUGGACCUCCAGUAACAGAGCGUGAGCUACAACCCGGCUACUACCUUCAGGUCGCAGCAUCUUACAUGGUCUUGAGGAGGCGCUGCUUCGAGUCAGCCCUUGCUACGUUUGAAGCGUUUGAAGAGGAAGGAGCUGUGGAUGUUUUAGCCGGACCUCGAGACGAAAUCGGUCCUCCUCUCUAUGUCGGACAGGCUUCUCGGUUACUGAAACGUGGGAGCACCGUUGAUGUACAAAGCCCUACUGCAACAGAGUUCAUGAGACAUUUGAUAUAUGUGGAAAAGAGCUUUACCCAUUCUCACGCAGCAAUCGAUCUUCUCACGAGGGCCCAUGAGCAGUUUAAGAAGGUACAAGCCGUUCGGAUGAUCUACCAGCUUGGGAGCGAAAUGGGGCGUGAAUAUUACAAUGCUCGAGAGUAUGAGAAAGCGAAGCGGUUAUUUGACAGUGUUGCAGGAAUGUAUAGGAAGGAAGCAUGGGUUUCGAUUUUGGGUGCCACCCUUGGAUACUUGAGAGAAUGUGCUCGACAGUUAGGACAGCUACAAGAAUACGUGGAGUACGCUUUGGAGCUCGCAUCUCUUCCAAUUCCAAUUCCAACAUUUGGUCCAGAUGUGCAACACGCUGUGGUUUCUGGUCCAGAAGUUGGUCCAGCUGGUCCUUUAGGCCAAUCUCAAAGAGAGCAUGUACAUAAAGAGGUCAUAUAUUUGUUGCAGGGAACAUCUUCUGUCCUGCCAGCUCGGGAGGGCGAAAUUGGUAUGUCUGUGACAGUCGACCAACCAAUAGCCCUUGAGGUUGACCUUGUAAGCCCGUUAAGAAUAUUCCUAUCUGCUUACGUCGCUUUUCACGAUCAAGUUGUCAAACCUGGUGUGAAGACCUCAUUAACUUUGUCACUUCUGACUCAUCUGCCCCUAAACCUCAUUCUUUUGGAGCUUGAAGUGCACUUUAGUCAGCCAGAGUGCAGCUUUAUCUUAAGGCACAGCACAGAUGCGCUUCCGGAUUUUUUGCGUGCUGGUGAUAAAGGGGCACCUAGUGAGGGACUGCCUGCAGCAGUGGAUUAUGACCUGGAACUAGAGCCGAGCAAGUGGAAGAGAAUCACGGUUGACGUCAUUCCCAAUCACAGUGGAAAGCUUGAGUGCUUAGCAGUUGUUGCACGCGUUGGUCCUUAUGCCACACUACGAUGCCAAGUGGAAGGUCCAGCCACUCGUGAUGGAAUCCUUCUCUGGAUGCAUGAGCCUGGAUUAGAUACCUCACCUGUGAAGGAUAGCAAUCUUGCCUAUUUUGGGCAGAAGAUACUUCAGGUGGAAGAAGCAGAGCCGCUCGUGGAAGUUGAGAUGGUCGCUUCAUGUCCGGCGGUGGUUGGCGAAGCUUUUCCUGUGCUUCUUGUAGUCACCUCAAAGGGGCAUCCUGUGAGAGGUGGAGAACUUGAUGUAUAUCUUGGUUCUCCGAACACACCGCUUGCUGCAACUCCACGCAGCACAUCACCCCUUGCUUCUUCACCAUCAGGAGGGGCUGCCUCUGCAGAGCUCCUCCGUGCAGGUGCCGAAGGUGACGAGGAGGCGUACGUCAAGUUUAUUGGACCACUGCAAGUACCGUCUUUGGAACCAAAUGACGUGUGGGAGACAACAGUUUAUCUAAGGUGGUGCGAACCAAAGGCUGUAAACUUGAUGGUUCUUUUUGGUUACCAAACGAAAGAGAAUCUAAUUACUGACGCAGCUGGUAGCCCGAGUCCGCGUUUCCGGGUUCAAAAAAGUAUGUUUGUAAACUGUGAGGAAGCGUUGGACGUAUCAUAUCAGUACGUCGCUCCUUUCAGAAGAGAUGCCUUGCUGCCCGGUUGUCUGCUUUCAGAUCAGCCUCUGUCAGGAUCAUCAGUCAUAGCCCUGCCUCUUGACGAAGCUAGCAUACUUGUGGUCACAGUAAAGAAUUCUUCUAGCCUCUCCCUAAAUCUGCAAUCCAUUAAUGUCGUCGAAAAGGACGUCGAGGCUUGCUCAGUCAGGAAGUCCGGAACCUGUAGAGAUUCUAGUGGUGUCCUGCUCUCCCCGGAAGAGGUGUUUACACAGUUGUUUUACGUGCGGCCAUUGAUUGCAUCAUCCGCCCUUGAGGUGGGAACGAUUGAGAUUGCUUGGCAUAGGGAACAUUCGUCCCACUUGCCUUCAAACGUCCCGGAUAUUUCUCAAAGUCUUGUGAAUCCAUUCUCAAGACUUAUUUCUCUUGCUCCAGUUCUUGUUGAGCUUCCUCCGCUGAUUGUAACCUUCGAGUGCCCCCCUCAUGCCCUUUUGGGUGUACCCUUCAUGUGUUCCAUGAACAUACAGAACAUAACCACCAACCUCCAGGAAGUAUCGUUUUCAGUCUUCGAUACACAAAGCUUCAUAUUUGCCGGAGCUCAUAGUGAUACCCUAUCAAUUCUCCCAAAUGCCACACAUGCACUUUCCUAUAAACUUGUCCCUAUUGCUGCGGGAAUGCAACAGCUUCCUCAAGUUAGGUUCACAUCUACACGUUAUAAUGCAGGAUUUCAACCCUCUUCUCUGAGCACUCAGUUGUUUGUAUACCCUGCGGCGCCGAGUGUAGAUCCACAAAAGACGGUAUCUGGAAAGCCAGGAAUUGCAGUGGCCAGUUGAGUGUAGGUUCCAGAACGCGAGGUAGCUGUUUGUUUUCUCAACGUUGUACUUAUGUAUUCUGUGCAUAGCAUAUGCACUUAGAAUUUAGGAUCUCGUCAUAUUUCUUGUCUACUUAAUUCAUACAUGCUCUUUGCUGAGACUCACUCUCCAGAAAGAAGGAUACUUGAAAGUACAACUUUGUUCAGAAUUAUCAUGUGAAUUUAAUAGAUGCCGCAUCACUUCUCCAAUGUACUCAAAUUUCUUUCACCGAAAUUAUCAUGUACGCAGUUAAAUGGCCACGAAAUCUCCUUGAGCAACAAAAGUGGGCAUCCUACACAUUGUCAAGUAGUGACGACUUUCUUAGUGUCGAUACAUUGAGUUGUUUUCCUCACAUUCUGUAAGACUACGAAAAUAGGAGAUCUGAGUAGGCUCUUGCUCUUGAGUAUGUAGUACAAAUCUUGCGUACUCAUAUUAUCAGGGAACAUUUCCAAGUCAUGUUAGCAGGCUGAUCUGUGCCCUUUCUACAUGUAUCUUACAUCAACGUAUCAACAGUAGAUUUGGCGUGUGUAUUGGAGCAGUUAGUAUAAUACACUGCAGCGUGUGCCGUGUGCCGACUACACAGUAAAGAUUUAUCCAGUUUUCAAAAUGUCUCAGCAUACCCAAUGCAUUUCAACAUUUGGACAUCCUUUUUUAUGGUUUUAAGGAUGAAUUACUAACCAACGAAGAUGACCAGAGUUUAGGUUUAGUUUAAUGUUGUGCGACUCGGUAUCGUCAU